AUGCUUCGGGAUUAUGGGCUGCUCAUUCUUAGAGACGUGCCAGAGUCAGAAACAUCAGUUGUUGAUAUCGCGAAACGUGUUGGUAAUCUUAGGGACACGCUAUAUGGAGUUACCUGGGAUGUUAAGUCUGUUUCUGAGGCUAAGAAUGUAGCCUAUACAUCUCAAUAUCUGGGGUUACACAUGGAUUUGCUGUAUAUGACUAACCCUCCCGGGUUUCAGUUCCUUCAUUGUUUACGAAACACCUGUUCGGGUGGUUCGUCUAUAUUUUCCGAUGCUUUUCACGCUGCUGCGCAGCUUGAUGAGCAUAAUUUCGACGAGUUGUGCAGACAAAAGGUCCCCUACCAUUACCGCAACGCUGGCGAACAUUAUUUUUACAAACAUCGAGUGAUAUCAUCCAAACCACCAAAGCCAAAAGCUACAAAAUUCAGUAAAGUCGCUGCUAUUAGGCAUAUUAAUUAUUCGCCCCCAUUUCAAGCCACAUUUGAUGUCCCAGAGAAUUCGGUACCGGUGGCUGAAGCUUUAAGGCAAUUUGCAUCUCGAGUAGAGGCACCUGAAAACAUGUACCGGGUCUUGGCCGAAAAAUAUCAAAAUCAAAACCAGGAUUUCCUUCGUACUCAUGCUAGACUUAUCUGUUGGGAUAUUGAGAACCCGGAGACUGGUAGGAUGGAAAGUGAUCCUCUUAAAGUUUGGGAGACAAGUAGAGACCUUCCCCAGACUGAGGGAUAUGCAAAUAUUAUCUGA